GACAUUGACUUUCGCCAGGAAUAGCGGCAAUGCGACGGCUCCGCUCGAUAUAUUCGCUUUAGUUUGCAUGUUUCUCCUCUUUGUGAUCGGUGUUUGCGGCAACUUGUUUACGAUCGCCAUUCUUAGGUUCGUAAAGAAAGGGCCUGCGACGGCGUACGACCUAAUGCUGAUAUCACUCAGCGUAAGUGACCUUGUUUGUGUCAUUGUUGUGCCUGCGAUGUUCGCAUACGGAACACUUACAAAUUUCCAAAGAUGGGAUUUCGGAAUGGUAGGAUGCAAAGUUCUGCUGUCAGUUUUGCCUAUCAAUGUAACUAUUUCGCAAUGUAUUCUAAUGCUCAUGUCUGUCGAUAGAUAUCGCGUAAUUUCGAAACCAUUUGCUCGAAACGGCAUUACGAAAUCGCGUACGAUCGUGUGCGUGAUCUCAUUUGUGUUCCUUGGGACUCUGCUAGCCGGGCCUAAAUUUCACGCAUUGGAGCUUCAUUCAGUCGAAGGUUCGUCAAAGCAAAUGUGUAAUCCAGUAGGCCACAAAAACCUCUAUACGUUGUCCUACGCUUUUACCAUGUUCAUUCGCGACAUCGUGUCGACAACGAUUAUAGGGAUCACAGGACGCAAGAUAGGCACGGCACUAGUCACAAAUUCAAACAAUCUGGCAAAACAUGGCUACAUGGGCACGAAAAUGGCCAAUAGACUUGAUCAUGUAAACAGCACGCGUCGAAUGCUGCGUUUAAUGCUGGUUGUUUUCAGCGUCUGUACGAUUCCGCUCGAUACUUUUCAACUUUGCUUUUACAUUGCUUUGCAAGUGGACGGAGCAAGCGUCAACGCGCAAGUUUUCGCGUGGCUUCGCAGUGUUAAUACAGUACUGUAUCUCUUUCAAACAUCGAAUGCCGCUGUAAACGUUUUCAUCUAUGGAGCGCGGCAUCGCGACUUUCGUCCGGUUUUGGAGAGGAUCGGCGCGGCAAGAAGAUCUUUGUUCCAUGCAAUUUUCUCCUGUGCCAGUGAUGGAAAUCUUACUCAAAGCCGUCAAAGGGGAAACAUAUUUGUGCAUGUUUCACGACAGCAAACUGUUCCAGGUAUGGAGAUGGUUGCGCUCAACAACGAUGUCGUUUCUCAGCGCGCUUCAAGUCGGUGACUGACUAUGUCGACGAUUUUGGAAAAAUGAUCACCAAAUGUAAUAUUUAUUGAACAGUGUUGCCCUAAAAGACGGACUGGAAGCAGUAACAGAUUUACUGAUCGAGGCGAACAUUCAUCUUUUUUUCAUUUCACUUUUUGAUUAGUGCGGAUAAACAUAUGAAGAUGCCUAGAAAUAUGUAGUUCGAAGAUGCCUGGAAUUAAUAGCAACAUAAAGUUUUAAAUUAUAGUGGUAUUUAUUCAACCAUUAAAGGUGGCAUUAACAUGCAUUUCUUAGCAUUUUUAUCAACUGUGAUUAUAUAGCAAUGAUAAUGUUAUAAUGUUAUAGCAUGAUAUUUGAUAAUGUUAUUGCAAAUGAAACAUGCAAAGAACGAGGUUUCUGUUCUGCCUUCAAGUCUACAACGUUCAAUGACAUACAGCCUUUGAAAAAUCUCAUACACAAUGUACUUUAUGCCAACAACAACAUGUCCAAACUGAAAUUGUUUUUCUUUAUAGAUUACCAGAAAAAACUUCUUUGCGGUUUGAAGUCAUAAAGAACUUCAAAAUAGGAGAUGGUUGUUCAUUGUUUAGUUUGAAAUUGCACUUCCCCGUUUAUAUUCUGUUUCUGUCUCUUCGUAUAGUGUUUUCAGCUUCUAAGGCCCUGUUCACACGAUACCGGAUUCAUUCCAUAUCGGAUUCACUGACCCAAUCCAAUACAAAUAGCAAGCUGUGGAUCGUGUGAACAGGGCCUAAAUCAUCACAGAACAUUGAACACUUACGAACACGCUUUUUUUUCUCAAUAAUGAUCAUACUAUUUCGUAUAAUGAUUUGCUUUUGAAGUCAGACAAAUGCGUGAUGUUUGUUGCUCGUUAGAGUUUUCUUUGCAUUGAAAUAUUGAAAACAGUAAAACAGUUGAGCCCACCUUUUGUAAUGAGUAUUUUUAAAUGACGUUCAUCAAAUCAACCAUUAAAAAAUCCAAAUAACUUGGUCCACGUUAUACCUAACCAAGCAGCAUUUGGAUCCAAAAGUCUAAUGUCCAUCGGGCCACAAACUUGCAAAGAUACGUUACAGCAUGAUAUGCUAUAAGCGCACUUGUGCCUAGCUCACAAGUGAAAAUGCACCCUCAUUUAGUUAAUAUGUAAGUCGGAUAAUUAGGCUGUUUUUAGUGAAAAUUAUAUGCUUUAUUCAACAAGAUGCAUUAAUAAAGGUCUCAGCUCAAGAUUGAUAAUCAAUCAAUUAAAUAGAGCUGUUAUCUCUUUCCCAGGUGCGGAUCUAGACCGGUUGCACAGGUUUAAAAAAACCGGUCAAAUUUUAAGACCUAUGUUUCUCCGUAAAUCUUGAAUUUUUGAUCUAAAAUUUCAAUUCCAACAAUUGCUGCACUUCUCCCUGACUGAUUACAGUUCUUCUGUUUACAUAAUGAAUUGAACCUCCACAAGAUUCCGACAGAGUUCCCAGCUUCCUAAUUAAUCUUUUAUCCCAGAGUAUCCGAAGAAUUCAAAAUCGAGAAAAUCAGUCGCCACUCGAAGUGACAGUUCGGAGUAUGUUAUCUAUGCGACAAUAUUGAAACCGGUGGCUAUUGUUUUCUGAAAACCUGUGAAAACCGGUGCCCCUAUUACGGUGGCCCACAACGUCCACGACGCAAUCGUUUUCACGGCAAAGUUUCAUACUUCUCAAGGGACACUUUCCACACUUUCAUAACGAGGCUUGUAGCCCGAUUAGUAAGGAAAACAUAAUUGAAAAGGAGCACAAUGUUCUGCAUUUGAUUUGAAAUAAUCAAAUCUUUGGAUAAUUAGUUUAAGAUAAUUUUCAUUUCCUCAAAGUUGGAGUCACAGACCUUAAAUCUUGGCUGGUGUGGCCGGCCAGUCUGCACAGUGUGGCAUGUGUAAACCAGAGAUAUCUUUGUCCUACAAGUUUCUUGGAGAUGGUACAUAUCGAUUUCACAUUCGUAAAAAACACUGCACCCCCGCCCAUAGGCGUACGGGUUGAGUUCAGGCAAGGCUGUCUUAAAUUUUUUCGCCCAAAAAAAUCCUAAUGUCUAAAUUUUCACGGAGUUAUCAAAAGAAAUACAAAUCUCUUCAACCACGGCAACUAAAUAUAUCGAUUAUUUUAUCAAUAUCUUUUUUACGGACAGGAGUUGAAUUAACAUCAUUAGCAACUUUUAACAAUAUUAAUGGACCAAUAGAGUUGUCAAGUGAUGACGUCACAAAAAUAUAUUUGGCCAUAGCUCACCCGAUUUUUGACAAAUUUAACUGAUUUUGCGUAUAUGGGAGUAUUUUAUGGCGUUCUUUUAUUUCAUGUGGGCAAAAUUAGAAAAAUCUAAAAUAGUUUUUGUGACGUCACGCUUGAGAACUCUAUAACACACAGGGCUGUAACGAGGUAAAGCACCCCGAAACCGGUCAAAAUUUUGGCUAGAUCCGCGCCUGCUUCCCCUUCCUCUGAAGAACAUAGUUGCUUUAAUGUGGUUUCGUGGCAGUUUGGGGGAUGGGGGGGGGCCAUGUUGGAACCUUCUUGCAUUGUGUUCUCUUGAGUAUUUUGGUGUUCACGCCCAGGCUGAUGUAAAGAAAACUCCUUUGCGCACAUUUUGGUGCAAAAUCACUUGCAUAAAAAUCCCUAAGAUUGAUAAAUAUUGAUAGCGUUUGUUUUUACCUUAGUCCUGUGAAUUGCAAAAGAAGAUUGAUAAAAGAUUCAUGUAUAUAGAUGAGCUGAAGACAUGCCGUUGAUACUUGGUAGUACCACAUACUUUAGCAUAAAGUGUACAUUAUGCAAGCUUUGUUACAAAGCUAAAAAUUGAUGUGUCUGCACAAUUAGUUUGCUUCGAGAAUAGGGGAUGUUUGGAGCUGUAGUUUGGCCUAAAUUUAUCGACGUAAAAAAUUGUUUGGAUAAAUCCAAUCGUGUGUUGGGAAUCAAUCUAGCAGAUUUGCCUAGUUCCUUCCAAUCCAUACUUUUUCACAUAUUUGUCUCAUUCUCCUUUGGGAUAAUUUGGGAUAACUCAAACCUUACAUAUUCACUUUUUAUUUCUGCACACAAGAACAUUGUGAUGGUGUUUCUUGGAAUCAAAACAGAAUCUCUUGCGAAAUCAACCAUUAUAUCUAGCCAGCUUGUAACAACCGUGAAAUUAUUUUUAUAAUCCAAUAUAAUUUGAAGAGAUUUAAUUUCACUUUAUGUUACUUAACUUUUACUCAUGUAAAAAGAUCACAAAAUGAAGGAAUAUGCUUUUAUGAUAAAAAGUGAAGAAAUUUAUAACGCAUUAUUCAAAGAAUUAGUGCCCAUGCCGACCAAACAUAGUUGUCAGAAUUUUCAUUAGCUUUAUCUUCAGGUUACAUAAAUGGCAGAUCAGUUACUGUGGAAACAGUUUUUGGCAAUCUAUGUUAACCAUGGCUAGAUACCAACGAAUUAGAAAUAUUAUUCAGAGAUUUCUACCUCGAAAUUCUUGAACGAGGAUUAUUUUUAAAGUCCUUGAACAGGGGUUCAAAGAGGGUUGAACGAGGGGUUGAAAAAGAGGUGAACGAUGCUUGCAAACAAAAGCCAGCGACGAGGAAAUCAUCAACACAAGCAAGACUAAAAACAAACAGUUAACGAGUCUCUCUUGCAUAAAUAGUCAGGGCCGCCGAGGGGAGGGACAAGGGGAUGGGUUACCCCAGGUAUAGAGAGCCUCAUAAAGUAAUGAAUUCGACAAUAAGAAUGGGAAUAAUCAAAUGUAGCAAAAGUAUGCCUAAAAUUAGCACAGCGUUGAAAAAAAGCAAGAAAUAUUGCAUUCUAAGCUAAUCUGGAGGGCGUGGUAGCAGAAAUUUUCUGCACGCUCUGCUUGUAGGGGGCCUUGUAUGUAAUCACACCAUGCAGAAAAUUUUAUAGCUGAAAUGCAACGCCUGCCAUAAAUUGCGGAACACCAACAGCACAUGUAACCCUUUCAAACGAUGUUGGAUUUUUUCCAUGCAAAUUUUCUACUUGGAUGUAUCUUGUAAUUCUUUAGUUUAGGUUGGUACCAUUUCUGAAUAAUAUUACCUAUAUAGUUGUUUAAACUUGUAUUAAAAUUUACAUAUUGUGUUGGGUAAAGGGAGCAGUUAGCUUUUUCUAUAGGCGUGAAUUGAAAUUAGCUGAAACUGCUAAAUUGUCCCAAGAUUUUUGGCAAGCAUUGUACAUGAAGACAAUGUAGCUAUAUCUGAAUUCUGUGAAAUCUGAUUGAGCUAGGGGUAUGGAGCUUGGGGUUCAGAGGUCUGAGACUCCCUUGUCCAUGCCAACUGUAACCCCUUUUCACUUCCUGCCGCAUCUAUACCCUCUUAUGUCCUUGCCAUUCUCCAAGUUUCCUAUCAAUCUUUAUACAUAAGACCGUUCUUUUUGCUUUUAAAAUUUCCGAUUCAUGUAUAUUGAUAUCAUUUAUAGAUUUUUUUAUUCAUACAAAAAUUGAAAACCAAGAAAUAUGACCUCAAUUUUUCAACCAAUGCAAAGGAACAGUUGAACACUAGGGCGACAACCAGUCUUAAAUUUUCAACGUUGGAUCAAUAAUUAUGUUUUGUUCUUAUUUUUACAUCAUAAACAUUAAAUCGAAAAGUGAAGUUUAAUAUAACAAGAAAACACGAUGAAUGUGUAGAAAUUAAUCGAUUAGGUUAAAAUGGAAAAGCAGCCAAACCUAACCGAACA